AUGCAUCCGGCAGCAGCUACAUAUUUUGUGCCAUCAUCCUUCCUCAGCUUCAGAUGCCAACAGUCUGUAAUAUCUCAUCAACGAUCAUCUAGGAGCCCCAUCAUCACUCCUGUAAAACAAUGUCCCAAGUUCAAUAAACUCAAGACGCUUUCUGCUUCAUUACAGGACAACACUCAGAUUGUUGAUUACAACACCAGGACUUCUGUUUUUCCAGCAGAAGCUUGUGAGACCAUUGGAGGGGAUGCUUGCAAUGUCGAAAUGUAUCCAGAAGUCAAACUUACACCAGAUCUCAAGAGCACUCAGCCACGGACUGUUUCAGAGGAGUUAGUUGACAGAGAGUAUCUCGAUUACAACACUUCCAAGACGGUAUUUCCGGGGGAGGCUUGUGACGACCUAGGAGGAGAGUUCUGUGAGCCUGAAUACCAGGCUGGAGUCUACUAGGUAGGAGUAUGAACAGCCAAAAUCUGGUCCUUUAAAGUAUUAGUUUCCGUUUCUCAGACUUUAAACUUAGUGUAUUAUGAGCUGAGGGUAUAUGCAUGUAAAGGAGUCGAGCAUGUAUCUACGGCUAGUAUGAGCUGCUUGUAUGCUUAAAGAAGUUUGCAAAGAAUUAACAUCAUGUUUAAUUCCUA